AUGGCCCCGCGCGUUCACCGGGGCCCGGGCAACAAUUCUGCCCCGCCCGAAGCCCAUGCCAAUCGUGGAACGCACCCCAGGACCAAGACCCGACCUGGUCGGUCGCCCGACGUUGGCCCAGCUGCCGGUGCCCAAAUCAGCGAGCUGGCCUUGGCCCGAUUUGCGCAGCCAAGCGCUGUUCGAAUGAAAGUGGGCGCCCAAAACCCGGUAGCAUUUACCGCUCCGCCUGGCAUUGAAAUGACCCCGGCGGCUUCGCCCCAUCGCCAUGCAACGUCCGGUGGAACAGGCAGUCGUUCCCAGCCCCAUAAUGCUACCGCGCCGCUCCGUACGAGCGCGUCCCGUCACCCCCACUCGCACCCACAGUCCCCCUCCAAAAGCAGUACCUGGCAUGGGCUCGAUGGUAGCACUUCAGCCCACAGCAAUCCGGCACAGAACGCACACCGCACCGCCCUCUCAAACCACACCGCUCCCUUUCAGGGUGCCUUUCGCCCGGGGACAACCAACGCGCGCAUCCGGUUGCCACACAUCAAAAGCCCUCCUAGCACACCCUCGGCCGGUACACAGACCACCAAUUGGUCAACCCCACCCCUCAACAAACCCGUGCUCGCACCCCUGGCCCGUUACCGCUACAAGCGCGCCUUGAUCAUCGAGAAGACCAGUCCAACCGUGCCCGGGCUCGCAAGACUGAGCACACCCAUUCAGCCCACCGCGUGCCCCGAGGCUACGUGA